AUGACGAAGCCGCCUUUGAACCCUGAUGAAGAAGUUGAUGGCGAAUGGUACUGCCCGCAAUGUGUUGCAAGACAGACCAAAGGCGUGCCACAUCCAUCUGGACUUCUUGGUUGGGUUGUUCGUCGUGUGGAUGAUACAAUUCCUAAAGCCUUCUCUUUACCAUCCGACGUUCGACAAUAUUUUGAAGGUGUCCGGACUGGUGACGAAGGCGAAUACGAAGAAUUUGGUCAACCACGUACUCAGAACAAUGCACUCAAAAUGAAUCGAGCUGGCUUUUUCGAAGAACCCAACUACAAGGAAACCAGAGACAGCAAGGGCAAUCUCAGACUAUGCUAUCGCUGUGGUCUCACCACCAAUGGUCGCGAUAUCAUACCUUGUGACUUCUGUCCAGCCAAGUGGCAUUUGGAUUGCACAGACCCACCGCUCGCGGUUCCACCUCGUCGUCGUGGGGACGACAAACCGAGCUCAUCUUGGAGGUGUCCACUGCAUACAGAACACGAUCUCGCAGCGAUCAGCCGUCAAGUGGAAGCUGUUCCUGGCGCAUUGGGACGCAUUCCAAAGCUUCGCAAGCCCAAAAAUGCUGUACCUCUGGACGUCGAGUUCGCACGAGGCCACAGAAAUAACGGCAUCAUCGAUGUUGAGCUUAUGCCAGACGAAAUCAGUUUCGAUAAGACGAAAGAAGUACGAAUGGAAGGCAAAAUCUAUCGUAUCCCCGAGAAAGCCAUCAGAUUGGACUUCAUCGAUAGAGUCAAACGCAGCUGGUAUGAAGACCAUUCAUUCCCACAACAGUUGGGUGGUCCGAAAAUAAUCCGCAGCAAGAAGUAUCGUCCAGAUGGUGUCGUACUUCACCAUCCACCUAAUGUCACAUUGAUCAAAACUCAGGAACCUGAAUUUUGGACGGGGACGCACGCUCUUGCUGUCACUGAAACUGCCAGGGCCAAUGCUAUGUUACGAAAUCGAUCCAUCAAAGAACAGCAAGCUGUUCUCCAUCUGGCAGAAAUGUCUCAGAAAGGCAUCGAUGGUUACUCUGGUGAUGCUUUGGCGGAACUAACAAAUCAACUUGUCAGUGAAGCACCACCCGAGGUUACAGAAUCCGCGGAACAAGAUGAGGUCGACAAAUUGCUUCAAUUACAAGAGCUCAUCAAUCGGAGACUCAAUCUUCUGAACCAUGGAUCUGUCUCUGCCCCAAGCACUAGUAAUCGAGGCUCAGUCGCCAGUGUAAAUGAUGCCGUUUCACCCAAGACGAAGCCUGUUGAGCCUCCUACCGAAGAACUAUAUGUCAAUGGUGAUUCACCAAAAUCCUAUGCCUCAGGGAAUGAAGCAGACAAUGAAAUGCAUCUCAGUCCUUGA